AUGCCGCGGGGGCGGCCUCCAAAACCUGGCGGCAGAGAAAACACCAAAGCAGCCACCGAGUCAGAUGGUGUUCUAACGCUGAAUACAGAAAACAAUAAUUGUACCCAGCAAGUACCAAACUUCCGUAAGUGUGAGAUCUGUUUUCUGACCUUUUCAAAAGACACACAGUUCCAGCGCCACAUGAGGGAUCAUGAGCAAAAUGACAAGCCUCAUCGAUGUGACCAGUGUCCAAUGUCGUUUAAUGUUGAAUUCAAUCUUACAUUGCACAAGUGUACCCACAAUGGACAAGAUCCUACUUGUCCAGUAUGCAACAAAAAAUUCUCCAGAGUGGCUAGCCUUAAAUCUCAUAUUAUGCUACAUGAAAAGGAAGAGAAUCUUAUUUGUUCAGAGUGUGGAGAUGAAUUUACUUUGCAGAGCCAGUUGACACUACACAUGGAAGAGCAUCGUCAGGAACUGUCUGGAAGCAAAACCCAUAUCUGUAAAACUUGCAAGAAAGAGUUUGAAAUGUCAUCCCAACUAAAAGAGCAUAUGAAAACUCAUUACAAAAUAAGGGUAUCAAACACCAGGUCAUACAACAGAAAUAUCGAUAGAAGUGGGUUUACGUAUUCAUGUCCACACUGUGGGAAGACGUUCCAGAAGCCAAGUCAAUUAACACGGCAUGUUCGAAUACACACAGGUGAAAGACCAUUUAAAUGUAGCGAAUGUGGAAAGGCGUUUAAUCAGAAGGGGGCAUUACAAACCCAUAUGAUUAAACACACUGGUGAAAAACCCCAUGCCUGUGCCUUUUGUCCUGCAGCCUUUUCUCAGAAAGGCAAUCUUCAGUCACAUAUUCAGAGAGUUCAUUCAGAGGUGAAGAAUGGUCCAACGUAUAACUGUACAGAGUGUAGUUGUAUCUUCAAAAGUUUAGGCAGCUUACAUACUCAUAUCAGCAAGAUGCAUAUGAGUAGCACCCAAAACACAGCAAACUCAACAACAGAGGCAUCUCAUAUUACAACGGAUUCUGUGGCCCAGCCUUUGACAUUAACGACAGUUAAUUUGUUGCAGCCCAUUGAUAAUAAGUGGAAGAAUACAGAAACUCCAGUAACUUCUGUUUCAGGACAUCAAGGCCAGCAGUCUGUAACAGAUGUCAUUCAGCAACUCCUUGAACUGUCAGAGCCAGUGGAAAAUAAUCAGGCCCAGCAACCUGGUCAGCAACUCACUAUGGCCGUCGGAAUCAAUAGAGACAUUUUGCAGCAAGCUUUGGAAAAUAGUGGGCUGUCUUCAAUUCCAGUUUCAUCAAAUACUGACUGUAAUGAGAAUAAGAUACCAUCAAAUCAGGAUGAAAAUGUUGAUGUUCCAAAUCUCUCCAGUCAUCAGGUUGACUCUAGCAAUACAGAACAAGUUAAAGAGCAAGAAAACCCAGAUAAAUCAGAUAAAAAGGAGAAGAGAGUUUUAAAGAAAAAGUCACCAUUUUUACCUGGCUCCAUACGUGAGGAGAAUGGAAUAAGAUGGCAUAUUUGUCCAUACUGCUCUAAAGAAUUUAAAAAACCUAGCGAUCUAGUACGACACAUUCGCAUUCACACUCAUGAAAAGCCAUUCAAAUGUCCACAGUGUUUCCGGGCCUUUGCUGUGAAGAGUACCCUUACAGCGCACAUAAAAACACAUACUGGCAUUAAAGCUUUUAAGUGCCAGUACUGUAUGAAAUGCUUUUCUACCUCAGGAAGUUUAAAAGUACAUAUCCGUUUGCAUACAGGAAUUAGACCAUUUGCUUGCCCCCACUGUGAUAAAAAGUUUCGAACGUCAGGUCACAGAAAGACCCAUAUUGCCUCUCACUUUAAACACACUGAACUGAGAAAGAUGCGGCAUCAACGUAAACCUGCUAAAGUUCGAAUAGGAAAGACCAGUGUUCCCGUACCAGAUAUUCCUUUGCAGGAACCAAUACUCAUCACAGACUUAGGUCUUAUCCAGCCAAUCCCAAGGAAUAGCCAGUUCUUCCAAAAUUACUUCAGUAAUAAUUUUGUGAAUGAAGCAGACAGGCCAUACAAAUGCUAUUACUGUCAUAGAGCAUAUAAAAAGUCUUGCCAUCUUAAACAACAUAUCAGGUCUCAUACGGGUGAGAAACCAUUCAAAUGUUCUCAGUGUGGAAGAGGUUUUGUGUCUGCUGGAGUGCUAAAAGCACAUAUCCGGACACACACUGGAUUAAAAGCUUUCAAGUGUCUUAUAUGCAAUGGGGCUUUUACUACUGGUGGUAGUUUGCGAAGGCAUAUGGGAAUCCAUAAUGAUCUUCGGCCAUAUAUGUGCCCGUAUUGCCAAAAAACAUUCAAAACAUCAUUAAACUGCAAAAAACACAUGAAAACACACAGGUAUGAGCUUGCACAGCAGCUGCAGCAGCAUCAGGAAGCUGCUUCCAUUGAUGAUACAACAGUCGAUCAGCAGAGCAUUCAUGUAUCGACUCAGAUGCAAGUGGAGAUUGAAAGCGAAGAGCUGCAGCAAACUGAAGCUGUCACAACAGAUCAAGAAACAAUCUUGGACUUAGACCAGCAACAGGUGGUGGACACAGAAGAAGCCGGGCUGAGGCCACAACUCACAGAUCAGCCGUUAGGGCAAGAGGAAGAUAGGUUUGUGACCUCCCAGCAUGCGUUGCAAGAGAAUAUAAAUCAGUUUGAGCAGCAAACUAUAGCACAGCAAUCAUUUGAUCAGCAAGGUUUAUCACAAGGUUUUACAGUUAAUGAUGGCUACAGUCAGGCAAAUCAAUUUCCAGCAGUUCAACAGCUUCAGGAUUCAAGCACUCUUGAGUCACAGGCUCUUUCAACGAGUUACCAUCAACCAAAUCUGCUGCAAGUUCCCGCAGCAGAAACUAUCAAUGUAACUACCCGUCUGAUACAAGAUCAGGCACAGGAACUUGAGCUGCAUACUCAGCGUCCCCAGUUUCUGGAAGAUAAUGAGGAUCAAAGCAAGCGUUCCUACAGGUGUGAGUAUUGUAACAAGGGUUUUAAAAAAUCCAGCCAUCUGAAGCAGCAUGUACGCUCACACACCGGUGAGAAGCCAUAUAAAUGUCAACUGUGUGGCCGAGGAUUUGUUUCUUCUGGAGUUCUUAAAUCUCACGAAAAGACUCAUACAGGAGUUAAAGCAUUCAGUUGCAGCAUUUGCAAUACCUCUUUCACUACCAAUGGUAGCCUUACCAGACACAUGGCUACCCACAUGAGCAUGAAACCGUAUAAGUGCCCAUUUUGUGACGAAAGUUUUAGAACCACAGUUCACUGCAAAAAACACAUGAAAAAGCAUCAAACUGUGUCUUCGACAGCAGCAGCAGGCGGAGAAGCAGGAGCAGGAGAAGAAGAUGAUGAAAACUCUGAAAGAACUGGUUCUAGAAAAUCUCGGCCCGGUGUCAUCACUUUCACAGAGGAGGAAACAGCCGAACUUGCGAAAAUUAGACCUCAAGAAAGUGCAACUGUUUCUGAAAAAGUUCUUGUCCAAUCAGCUGCAGAAAAAGACAGAAUUAGUGAAAUCAAGGACAAACAGGCAGAAAUGGAAGCCGAGCCAAAAUAUGCCAAUGGUUGUACUUUUUGCCCAAAAAGCUUUAAAAAACCUAGUGACUUAGUAAGGCAUCUUCGUAUCCAUACUGGCGAAAAGCCAUAUAAAUGUGAUGAAUGUGGAAAGAGUUUUACUGUAAAAUCUACUCUGGAUUGCCAUGUAAAAACACACACAGGACAAAAGCUCUUUAGCUGCCAUGUGUGCAGCAAUUCAUUUUCUACAAAAGGAAGUCUCAAAGUGCACAUGCGCCUGCAUACAGGAGCGAAGCCCUUUAAAUGUCCUCACUGUGACCUAAGGUUUCGAACUUCCGGACGUAGGAAGACCCACAUACAGUGUCACUUUAAACCAGAGGCCAAGAAGGCCAGGAAACCCGUGCCUCGUCCAUCCACUGAGGGGCUCCAGCCAGUAAACCUUCUUAAUUCCUCCUCAACGGAUCCCAAUGUUUUCAUUAUGAAUAACUCUGUACUGACAGGGCAAUUUGACCAAAAUUUGCUUCAGCAAGGUCUUGUGGGUCAGGCUAUACUUCCUGCUUCUAUGUCAGCCGGCGGCGAUUUAACUGUGUCCCUGACAGAUGGUAGUUUGGCAACCCUUGAAGGAAUACAGUUACAGCUUGCUGCUAACUUGGUUGGACCAAAUGUUCAGAUUUCUGGAAUAGAUCCUACCAGCAUUAACAACAUUACAUUACAGAUUGAUCCCAGUCUUUUACAGCAGACACUACAACAGGGCAGUGUACUAACCCAGCAGCUAACGGGGGAUCCCAGUUUAGCCACUCAGAACACAUCCCUCCAGGCAGCAGACAGUUCAGUGCCAACAAAUGUGGUAAUACAGCCUUUGUCGAGCUUAUCCCUACAGCCCACUGUUACUUCUUCAGCAACUAUGACAAUAGGAUCUAUCUCUGAGCAAGAAUCCAUGUUGACUGCUAGCACUGCUGGUUCGCAGGAUCUCGCUCAGGUUAUGACAUCGCAGGGUAUGGUAUCAACGUCAAAUGGUCAACAUGAGAUUACCCUGACAAUAAAUAAUUCAAGUCUGAGUCAUGUUUUAGCUCAUGCUUCUAGUUCCACCACUACAAAUUCAUCAGGAAGCCCUCAAGAAAUUACCCUCACCAUCUCUGAGCUUAAUGCAUCAAAUGGGAAUCUUUCUUCAACGCCUCCCAUGUCUCAGCCAGCUCAGAAUUUAGUAAUGUCGUCACCAGGAGUUGGAGGAGAUGGCAGUGUUACCCUGACUUUGGCUGAUACUCAAAGUAUGUUGUCUGCUGGCCUUGACGCAGUAACACUUAAUAUCACAUCACAGGGUCAGCAGUUCCCUGCUUUACUCACGGAUUCUAGUCUCACCGGACAAAGCAGUUCAAACUCUCAACAAGUCAUACUAGUGAGUCAUACACCUCAUUCGGCACCCACAAACCAUGACGAACUACCUUAUCAGGUGAGUGAGGUUUCUCCAAGUCUCCAUAAAGGCAUUCAAGCUGAAAAAGAGCCCCGGGUACACCAGUGUUUUGAAUGUAGUCAGACCUUUUCUUCAACUGCCAUGCUAAUGCAGCAUAGUAAAGAAGUUCAUGGCAAGGAAAGAAUCCACGUUUGUCACAUCUGCAAUAAAGCCUUCAAACGAGCGACACAUCUUAAGGAGCAUAUGCAGACACAUCAGGCUGGACCAUCACUAAGCUCCCAGAAGCCAAGAGUGUUUAAGUGUGAUACUUGUGAAAAAGCCUUUGCUAAGCCGAGUCAACUGGAAAGACAUAGCCGCAUUCAUACAGGAGAACGGCCAUUUCAAUGCUCGUUGUGUGAGAAAGCUUUUAACCAGAAGAGUGCACUGCAAGUUCAUAUGAAAAAACACACAGGAGAACGACCGUACAAAUGUGACUAUUGUGCGAUGGGCUUUACCCAGAAAAGCAAUAUGAAGCUUCAUAUGAAGCGAGCUCAUGGCUAUGCCGGCACAGUCCAAGAAUCCACCAGUCAUCAAGGACAAGAAGGUGAAGACAUUAAUCGUGCAUUGAACUUGGAAGAAGUUGUUCAAGAAUCUUCAAAUGAAUGGCAGAACAUAACCAAUAUCUUUUGAUGAUCCUUAAGAUGAAAGCUGGAAAUGCUUUCAGGAUUAGAAUUGUUUUUAAAA